AUGGCCCCAACGGUCGCAGCCCCUGCAGGCCCCGCCUCCCAACGGUCGCGGCCCCAGGAGGCCCCGCCCCUCGCACAGCCGGCCCCGCCCACCGCGAGCCCACCUGAGCUGGGCCUUGCCGGCCGCGGCUCACAUGCCGGGCGCUCGUGGGAGGCGGAGGCGCGCAAGCCGUGCCCGAGCCGACGCGGGGGGGGGGAGAGCGGGAGCGCGCCCUUCCUUCCGUGCCGGAGACGCCGACCACGAAGUCUCCCUCCGGCCGCGGACACGGCGAAGCCGCGCUCGCUUCCGGGUUGGCGGGCGCGUCACGCACUCUCGGCUGAUCCAUUGAGCUCCGGCGCCAUGGCCUCCGGCGGGGAUGGUCCUGGGGACCUUUCUUCGGACUGGGCCGGCGCCAGCCUCAUUGACCUGACUUCACCAGAGCUUGCGAAGGCCAGUGCUUCCAUGGUGGACAGCGGUGAAGACUUUGAAGUCCUGGAUGAUGAGGAAGACGAUGAUGUCAGUGGCCUUCCUCCGCUGGAGGAUGUGCCCGCCAGCAAGACAGCUAAAGAUGAAGGCCAAGGACCCACGUCGGAGAAGCUUGCCAAGGAAGGCUCUGAGGCCGCGGAGGAGUGGAUGGAUGUACUGGGGAGCGGUUUGCUGAAGAAGAAAGUCCUAGCGGCGGGUCAAGGCAGGGAGACCCGGCCGGUUAAGAAUCAGGAUGUUACCGUUCGAUUGAAAGCCACAUUGGAGGAUGGCACAGUGGUGGAGGAGAACCCCAGCCUCACGUUCACACUGGGCGAUUGCGAUGUCAUCCAGGCCCUGGACUUGUGUGUGCAGUUGAUGGAGACAGGGGAGACAGCUCUCAUUCAGUCGGAUUCCAAAUAUUGCUACGGCUCACAGGGCAGGAGCCCAGACAUCCCUCCCGAUGCGGCUCUCACCCUCGAAGUGGAGUUGCUGACGGUGCAGGACGCCCUGGACUUGGAACUGCUCAGCGGGAAAGAGAAAGUGGAGCUAGCCAACCGUAAGAGGGAAAGGGGCAACUUCCAGUACCAGCGAGCCGAUUAUGUGCUGGCCAUCAACUCCUAUGACGUUGCCCUGAAGGUCAUUGGCUCCAGCUCCAAAGUUGAGUUCAGCCCAGAGGAGGAGGCCGAACUGCUGGACGUCAAGGUGAAGUGUCUGAACAACUUAGCAGCGUCUCAGCUGAAGCUGGACCAUUACGAAGCGGCCUUGAGAUCCUGCAAUCAGGUGCUGGAGCAACAGCCGGACAACAUCAAAGCCCUCUUCCGGAAAGGAAAGGUCCUGGCUCAGCAGGGGGAGUACAGCGAGGCGAUCCCUAUCUUGAAAGCCGCGUUGAAGCUGGAACCAUCCAAUAAGACCAUCCACACGGAACUCUCAAAGCUGGCAAAGAAGCACGCCGACCAAAAGAGUGUGGAGACUGAGCUGUACCGCAAGAUGCUGGGGACCGCUGGCUCCAGCGGACCCCCUGCUAAGUGUAAAGAUAAGUCCUCCCGGGCGAUUCCUUGGAAGUGGCUGUUUGGGGCCACGGCCGUGGCCCUGGGAGGCGUGGCCUUGUCGGUCGUCAUAGCAGCCCGGAACUAG